AUGGCAUCGACGAUCAAAGUGGCUGUUAUCCAACUCUACCCGAAGGUAUCUAAUGCUCUACCCCACACUACAUCGUAUUUCUCCCUUACUACGCCCCCCUUGCAACCGGAGCAUAAUUUCAGCAAGGCUGCUGAGUUUAUCCGCUCAGCAGCAUCCCAAGGUGCUCAACUCGCCGUCUUGCCUGAAUACCAUCUCACAAACUGGAAGCCCAACGACCCAGAGUUUUUGAACAUCGUUGAACAAUGCGGAGGGUAUCUGGAGAAGUACUGCGAGUUGGCGAAAGAGUGUAACAUCUCUAUUGUCCCGGGAACGAUAGUAGAAUCCCACAAAGAACACUCGGCAGCUGAAGACAAACUCUUAAACGUAUGCUACUUCAUCUCCCCCUCGGGCGAGAUCACAGGAAAAUACAUCAAGAAGAACCUCUGGGGCCCCGAACGCGACCACCUGACUGGCUCAAGCCACUCCCCCCACGAAGUCUUCGACACGCCCAUCGGAAAAGUCGGUCUGCUAAUCUGCUGGGACCUCGCCUUCCCCGAAGCCUUCCGCGAGCUCAUCGCCCAAGGCGCUCAAAUCAUCAUCAUCCCCACGUUCUGGACCCUCAAUGACUGCAACGCCGCGGGUCUCGCACGCAAUCCUGCAUCGGAAGCACUUUUCCUGGAUUCAAUUCUAACGGCACGCGCGUUUGAAAAUACCUGUGCGGUUGUUUUUGCGAAUGCCGGAGGACCGCCUGGAAAGGGGUAUGCGGGGUUGAGUCAGGUUACUGUGCCUUUUGUUGGCGCGUUGGGGAAGCUGGGAGGGGCGGGUGAGGGCAUGUGCGUUGUGGAUCUGGAUAUGCAGAUACUCGAGGAUGCUGAGAGCAACUACCAGGUGAGGUCAGAUAUUGCGAGGGGUGAUUGGCAUUAUGUGUAUAGGCAUUCCAAGGAGGGGAAGCUUUGA